AUGAGUAAUCCAAUCACUUCAAUCAAAUUAGUUCUAUUAGGUGAAGCAGCAGUAGGGAAAUCAUCCAUCGUCUUAAGAUUUGUUUCUAACGAUUUUUCAGAAAACAAAGAGCCAACUAUAGGUGCUGCAUUUUUAACACAGAGAGUUAAUAUUAAUGAUCACACAGUUAAGUUUGAAAUAUGGGAUACGGCAGGUCAAGAAAGAUUUGCCUCUUUGGCUCCGAUGUAUUAUAGAAAUGCACAGGCUGCAUUAGUAGUUUAUGAUAUUACAAAACCCCAAUCAUUCAUAAAGGCACGUCACUGGGUUAAAGAAUUACAUGAACAAGCUAAUAAAAAUAUUAUCAUUGCACUUGUAGGGAAUAAAGUCGAUAUUUUGGAGGAUAAUGAAGACGAAAGAAAAGUUAGUCGUGAGGAAGCCGAAAAAUUAGCAGAAGAAGAAGAUUUAUUAUUUUUUGAGACUAGUGCAAAGACAGGUACAAAUAUUAGUGAAGUAUUCCUUGGUAUUGGUGAAAAGAUUCCAUUGAAAGGUCCAGAGGAUGAACAUACAAAUGGUGGUUUAAAUGUUACUGAAGAUCAAAGGGUGAACUUAGCAAAUACUGCUAAUGCAAGUGAAAAUGCCUCUGCUUGUAGUUGUUAA